UCUAAAACAUAAGAUGACCUAUCGGGUUAUCACAAAUCCCUUUCUUCUUUGAAUCUCUACUGUCUGUUUAGCUUUCUUAAAAUUUUGCUGUGAUGGGAAGGAAAUGCCCAGUAGCAUUUGUCAUUACGAAAUCCUGCAUUCUUCCAAUGUUGCAAAGAAAUAGUUCCUUUUUAAAUGAAACGAUACGCGUGUAAAUCACUCAAAGAAGUUAUAAGUUAAUCUAUUGUAAACUAUUUACUGAAUUUUAACUACAAAUCAUAAAAUAACUUAUAUUGAGAAAAUUUUCUGUUAUACAAAUAAUGUUGCUUCUAAGAGAACUGAAUGGCCACUAGGCAUGCAGGAUAAAUCGUAAUGCUGGAAUAGAAAUGUGGAAAAAAUAUAUCAAAUGUAGUCUAUUCUAACUUGAGGGAUCGAAGGUUCUGCUUCUCAAUAAAAGAAAAAGAAAAAAGAGAGACAUGUAAUGGAACAGCACUAAAGGCAUCACAAACAAUUCAACCAAUUUUGCCAUACGAAAAUGACAAUAUAGAAGGCUUCCCAAGCGUAAGGAUAGUGACACAACUAGAAAGUGACUCUUAAUGUCCUUCCUGUGGGACUUAGGGUAUUGCAUGAGUAGCAUGACUUUCUGCAAAGAAUUUGGUCAAAUUGACCUGACGAGCUUUUAUUAUGAUUUAUGAAUUAUCUCAUUUUCUAAUAAUUUACCCCUCAUUUUGCUGUGUCGUUAAUAUUUGGUUUCAAUACCUAUGAAGACAUCCAAAUGUACCGGUCUAUGGGUGUGUGUAACCAUGAUGAUUAGAAGUGUUAAAUGGGGAUGAGAGACAGACCUAAACUUACAUGGAAAGAAAGUUUGUCCCAAAAGACCUAUAAUCUCUCAAAAUCCAUGCAAACUUAGCAGAAAUAGAACAGAAUGGAAGCAAAAGAUCCAUAUAGGCGAUAUCAACUAGUUGGGGUUAAAGCUUAGUCACUAUAAUAGGCUAAAACUUGGUUCAGCGUUUGCUAGGAUUCUUUUAGUUUAAAGAUUUAUGUGUUGGCAGAAAUUGUAGUAAACCUCUAAUAUUAACUGUUGAAUAAUGAAUACUGGAAAUGGAAUGAUUCAAAUUGAGUGAAAUGGACAAUCAUGUAGCUUGAACCCAACUUCCUACGGGUUGAGGCAUAGUUGUUAUCCUCUUCGUUUCUGCGAGUUCAUUCUGUAGAUGCCAUUUUAGCAUAUUAACCCAUUAAUUUUCCUUUGCUUCAUGUGAUAUGCAUUAGCACUCAUUAUGGUCUAUCGACUGCCUACUUUUAAAUGUCUUUGGCACAAAUCAAUAAAAAUAAUUUUCAUUAGUGUCCGGAGCUAAUUGUUUAUUCUCUAUUCAGGUCUCCAACCAGUUGAAUAAGUUAUACUUAAAGUUUCUUAAGAGGAAUCCCGGUUAUAGCGGAAAGAUUUCCUUAUAUGGUCAUUCCCUUGGGAGUGUCUUGUCAUAUGAUAUCCUAUGCCACCAAAUAAAACUUUCCUCCCCUUUUCCCAUGGAGUGGUUGUACAAAGAACAAAAUGAGGAUAAAUCAUCUCAGCAGGAUCAGAGCAACCUAUCUUUCGACCACAACUCUGCCUCCCGUUUAGAUGAUGAAAGCUUUACUAGGGGAGAAAAUAAGAGUAAUCUGUCAGAUAAAGACAAAAUGAAGGCAGAACCGAGUUCCUCAGACCCCCUGGAAGCUUGUACAGAGGAUUUCUGUCAUCCAGUGGGUCCUCCUGCUUCAUCAGACUCGGACGAACCAGUUGCAACCGAUGAUUUCAAGCAAUCUAAUGAUUCCUCAGCGACUGAAAAUUCUCGUGAACCUCCUAUUGAUUGGACUCAUAAUAUCUAUGAGAGGGACACGAUAAAUGAUGCCGAGAAAAUGGAAGAUGCAAUAGUUGAGUUUGAUCAAAAGACAAUUGAUGAGGGAGCAUCUGAAAGUGACAAAGAUAGAACAAUCACUUCACUGAGGGAAGAGAUUGAUAUGCUGAGAGCGAAAAUCCAAGAGUUAGAAUCUGAGUAUGUAAAGAAAGAAAAUGGAGGAAUAAACACAGUUACAAGAAAUCAAUCUACUUCUGAAAGGCUUUCUCAUGAGGAGAGUGAUUCACCGAAGAGUUAUACUCCGCAAAUAAGAUACACAAAGUUGAAAUUUAAGGUCGAUACAUAUUUCGCUGUUGGAUCCCCUCUUGGUGUUUUUCUUUCUCUUCGCAAUGCUCGUAUUGGGAUCGGCAAGGGGAAUGAUUACUGGGAAGAGGAUAACAUACUUGAAGAGAUGCCGGCUUGUCGACAAAUGUUCAACAUUUUCCACCCUUGUGAUCCCGUGGCAUACAGAUUAGAACCACUUGUCUGUAAAGAAUAUCUCAACAAACGCCCCGUCAUAAUACCCUAUCACAGAGGUGGGAAACGACUGCAUAUUGGUUUUCAGGAAUUUAAAGAAGAAGUAGCUUUGCGUUCACAGGCUUUUGCGAACAAUAUAAAUUCUGUAAAGGUAAAGGUGAUUACUCUUUGUCAAUCAAGAUACAACGAUGGCGAAGAUGAGGAGUCCCAAGAGUACCAGGAGAAAGAAGAGAGGUCGUAUGGUUCAAUUAUGAUGGAGAGAUUAACUGGAAGUGAAGAUGGUCGAAUAGAUCAUGUUUUACAAGAUAAAACAUUUAGGCAUGCAUACAUUUCAACCCUUGGAGCGCACACGUAAGUAUCCUUAUCAACCUAAUAGAGUCAAUUAAAUCAAUUGCAUGUUUCCCCUU